AAGAAAUCAUUCCGGCAACUGAGUAGACAGCCUCAUCCGGAGGCAACAGCGGAGCCUUUCAUUCUCUCGUCUACAUCGGAGUUGUGCUAGUGAACUCUAAGCUCCACCGCUGGAAGGUCCUGCCCACCCCGGAGAGUGUCCUGGUUGCUAUGGAAACCUCGUUGGCAUGGGAGCGCGAGGCCUACCUUGGAAAACGAGCUCCAGCGCCCUGUAGCGUGAAAAGCUGCCUUUCUCUCGGUUUCGUGUCUUGGUGUGGACUUCCCAGUGCAGAGUUUCCUGAAAUUUGUGUAGUGAUCCUUUAAAGAGUCCCACAGGUGCUAGAUAGGCCAAAGCUGGAGCUGUGAGUUUAUAGGUCUUAAGAAUGGAAGGCAUGAUAGAUUUCCGUGCUUUGGAAAAAGAGUUGGGACAAGCGAUUGCCAGUGAUGAGAAGUACAAAAGAGAAAACGAUGCCAAAUUUCGAGCAGUGCAUCAGAAAGUAGCAUCCUAUGAAGAAUUCAGGGAUAUUGUUCGAGCAUCACACUUAAAGCCUUUAGAAAAAAGGGACAAAAUGAGGAGCAAAAGAAGCAUGUUAUGGAAUUCCUGUGCAUUUAAACCAAACUGUAAAGAAGAAAGUGAAGUAGAAUUGUCUCAGGAUUUAGAGCGGCUUCCUGAGACUUCUGCAGAAUUCUACAGAGACUGGCGCAGAUGCAUGAAAAGCAGCCAUCAACGAUACCAGCUUCUGCUCCAACUUGGACCCCAGAGUUUGGGCAGAAUUUUUCAAACCGACUUGGCUUUUGGUCUUCUAGGUGAAUUCCUAGUGGUGCUCACAGAAAAUGUCUGCAUGGAAGACCAAAACACUGUCUUGGAAAUCUUGGAGAGUUUUGCUAGCACAAAACGCUUUGGUCUGAAUAUAGAACUUCUGGGUGAGCAAGAGAAAGAAGGCUGCAGAGGGUUAUUUAAGAAACUGCAAAAAAUGGCUUCUGGCCCUGGUGAACUUGCUGAAUCUCCAGAUGCUUCUGAUGAGGGAAGUACAGCUCAAUCCAAAAUUCAUGGCCAAACAGAUGGACCAACUGAAGAAAAACUCAGGAAACUGAUGCAGCUUUAUCAAAUCUCCUGAAAUAAUCUUGCAUCUUUAUUACCAAAUACACUACUGGAAUAUAUUGCAGAAUACAGGGAAAAUUGAAAUACCCACUUGUAAUAGUUUUUUAAAAAAUUAGCAAUCUGCAAGGGUUUGCCUUAUACAUUUCCCAUUCUGCAAAAGAUCUUAUGCAGAAGAGAUUUCCAGUGAUUAAGCCCUUUGUACAUCCUUUAUUUUGUGCUGCAUCAGUUAUUGAAUUUUUACAUAAAUUUGUUCUUCUCCAUUCAGUUUCAAUAAAUAGUUUUUUUGUGGACGGUUUUGUUACUUUCUGCUGUAACUUGUCUCAUGUUUCUCAUAGCUUUGAAUGUUUCUUUUCAAGAUGAAAUAAAUACAGUAUAACCUUCAUAUUAA